CGGAGUUUGGGAAGUUACUAAAUUCGGAGCGAAACUAGCAGGAGCAGCAGCGGUAGGAACAGCAAUUGUCGCAACUGGUGGUGCUGCCGUCCCUUUUGAUGCCGCGGUGGUGGCAGAAGGAUUUUGUAUUAGCCAGGCGGUAAAAUCUGCCGCAGACGAAGGUCUUAUUGACGAGAACGGAGUGGUGUCAGAACUCGGUGAAAUUGUUGGCGAAAGUCUUAUGGGCGGAGGCGGUGAUGCGAUCAUUGAAAAAGAAAGAUUUAGAAGAGAAAAAAUUGGAUACAAAAAAAGCGGCGAAGAAGACAAAGAGAAUUUAAUGCAAACAGAUGAAAUUUCACAGGCGGAGAAAAAAGAGCAGGAAUUGAAAGAAAGAGAUGGGAUUAUUAAAAAUCUUAAUAAACAAAUUACUGAACUAAAAGCAGCAAACAAUAACCUAGCACGAGA